AUGUCUAUUUAUUUUGAUAAUAGGUAUGACUUGUUGGUGGAUGCGAACAUGAGUGCCCCUCAACGAUUGAUGAGGCUUGCCAAGACAUGCGAUAAUCUCACUCUCUUUGCCCAUAUUUCUACUGCGUAUGUUAGUGGAAAAAGAGAAGGGUUGAUCAUGGAAAAGCCAUUAAUAAUGGGAGGGAAUGGAAGAAAGGAGGAACAUUGUAAUGAAUCAGCCCUACUUGACAUAGUUGAGGAGAAUAACUUGAUUCUCAAAUCAUCAUCUUCUUCCUCUACCCAACAUGAUCUUACCAAAAAUCUUAUAAGGCUUGCCCAAGAGAGGGCAACAUGUUUUGGAUGGCACAAUUCAUAUCACAUGACUAAAGCUAUGGGAGAAAUGGUUCUUGAUGAAAUAAGAGGAGAUGUGCCUUUACUUAUUAUAAGGCCCACUGUUAUUGAGAGCACCUAUAAAGACCCUUUCCCUGGAUGGAUACAAGGAAAUAGGAUGUUUGAUCCUGUCAUUAUGGCCUAUGGGAAAGGACAACUUCCAGGGUUUUUUGGAAACUCUCAAGUGAUCAUGGAUGUUAUACCAGUAGAUAUGGUAGCAAAUACAACAAUUGCAGCUAUUGCAAAGGAGGGAAACAUGUAUAAGCCACAGCCACAACCUAGGGUUUACCAUGUUGCAUCUAGUGCUACAAAUCCUCUAUUAUAUUCUGACUUUUUUGAUUACGUUUUCCAUUACUUCAACUCAGCUCCUCUCACCCCAUCUCAAAAAAUUUCAAGAAUUAAAUAUUUUGACAAUUUCCAAGAUUUCUCUGAAUACACAAGAAAUACAAUCAAUGGAGAUGAGAAGAUGACUCUAAAAUCCCAAAAUCAAGCUAAAGCCCAAGCUGCAUAUGCCAACAAACUUUGCAAGCUGUAUGAGUUCAUAGGAUUUUUCAGUGCAAGGUUUGACACAUCGAACACAGAGAAGUUAAUUGAAGCAAUGUCAAAGGAGGAAAGAGUUAGCUUUGAAGUGGAUGCGAGAAAUAUAGAGUGGAAGAAGUACUUUGAGGAAAUUCAUAUUCCUGGUUUGAUAAAACAUAUGAUCAAUUGCACUAUGUAA